AUGGAUAUCUUCCUUCACCUCGCGGACGAGUACGUACUCGAUAGGGCAUGGGCCGCGCUUCUUCCCGUAUCCGCGUUCACAACUGCUACUUCCAAUGCGGCCGGCCUACACAAUGUCUCUUCUCACGUCUCACUACCGGCUUCACAGCCCUUAGCCUGGUCACAGCUCAUCUCCUAUAUCCCUCAUCCUCCAUUACCUGAGGAGCUCCUCACCGCGCCGUUCGUCGAUAAAGCCGUUGUCGCAUCCGCAUGGCCACGCGACUACUUGCCUCGCCAAGCGAUCUCCCUUGCCCUGCUCACUCUGGUCGGCGUUCACAUCCUCUACUUCCUCUUCUCAGGCCUCUCCUACAAGUAUAUUUUUAAUCAUGAGAUGAUGAAGCACCCUCGCUUCCUCAAGAAUCAGGUCAAGCUCGAGAUUCAAUGCAGCUUGAAGGCGUUCCCCGGUAUGACCGCUCUUACCUUGCCGUGGUUCCUGGGAGAGGUCCGAGGCUACUCGAAGCUUUACGACGAUGUGUCUGAGUAUGGUUGGGGAUAUCUCAUAUUCUCAACUUUCUUCUUCCUCGUCUUCACAGACUACUGCAUAUACUGGAUACACCGGUGGGAACACCAUCCCAUAUGCUACAAGUGGCUUCACAAGCCCCACCACAAGUGGCUGAUUCCGACCCCAUUCGCGUCGUAUGCAUUCCACCCGCUCGACGGCUACCUCCAGUCUGUACCCUAUCAUCUGUUCAUCUACGUGUUCCCCCUGCACCGCAAGCUCUACCUGGCCUUGUUCCUCUUCGUGAACUUCUGGACUAUCCUCAUCCAUGAUUCCGACAUGAUCACUGGUCAUCCGCUGGAGAAAGUCAUCAACGGACCUGCGCACCAUACCCUCCACCAUCUAUACUUCACCGUGAACUACGGCCAGUACUUCACGUUGGCGGACCGCAUGGGCAACUCCUACCGGCAGCCGCGUUCCGACCUCGAUCCGCUCCUCGAGGUCACGGCCGCCGAAGCCAAGAAGCAAAAGGCUGCACUUGGAAAGGAGCAGUGA